AUGGUCUUCUUCAGCAGUAAGCAGCUCCACUACUCCGAUUCUCCCUUGCUCUCCCCAGAGUCCGACGGUGACAUCAGCAUCGGAGAAGCGACGCCGCCGACGGAGGAUCGUCACGAUCACGGCCACCAGCUUGCGGCGGAGGUGCCGAAGAAGAGGACGGGGAGGAGGGUUUUCAGGGAGACGCGCCACCCGGUGUACCGUGGCGUGAGGAGCCGGAAAGGCGACAAGUGGGUCUGCGAGCUUCGCGAGCCCAACACCGGGACACGUGUCUGGCUCGGAACCUACACCAACCCGGAAAUGGCGGCCCGGGCCCAUGACGUGGCAGCGCUGGCCUUCCGCGGGAAGUCGGCCUGCCUCAACUUCGCCGACUCCGCCUGGCGCCUCCCCAUCCGAUCUCACCCGGCGCCACCGAUGUAA